UCUUCUAUUCUAUUUCUACUUUUCUCUUUGUUAGCAAAACUAAGUCCAAAAAGCUACAACCCAUCAUUAUUAAAAGCCUCCAUUAACAAACUUCCUCUUUUGACCCUUUCUUCUUCUUUCUAAGAUCCUUCUCAUCAAAACUUCAAUAAACAAUAAAAAAAAGGUGUUUUUAUUUUAUUUUAUUUUCUUCUUAUUUUUUUGUUUCUACCCUUUUGUACCCAUUUCAUGAAUUUUACUUGCAUGAUUGCAUCUGAAAAAGCCUUAAACUUUUAUCAGUGAUUUUGUUUGAUGGGUGCUUGUUGGAGUAAUAAGGUUAAGUCUGUGAGUCCUUCAAACACAGGGUUCACUUCAAGAAGUGUAAGCAGAAGUGGCCAUGACAUCAGCUCAACUAGCAGGAACUCAUCAGCCUCUAUAUCGGUCACUUCUCGAAGUGAGGGAGAAAUCUUGCAAUCUUCCAACUUGAAAAGCUUCAGCUACAAUGAAGUAAGAGCGGCUACGAGAAAUUUCCGGCCGGACAGUGUCUUGGGGGAAGGUGGUUUUGGUUCAGUUUUUAAAGGCUGGAUUGACGAGCAUUCACAUGCUGCAACCAAACCAGGAAUGGGUAUUAUUGUUGCUGUGAAGAGGCUUAACCAAGAAGGGCAUCAGGGUCAUAGAGAAUGGUUGGCUGAAAUCAACUAUCUCGGGCAACUUCAGCAUCCUAAUCUCGUCAAAUUAAUAGGAUACUGCUUUGAGGAUGAACAUCGGCUCCUGGUUUAUGAGUUUAUGCCAAAGGGAAGCAUGGAAAAUCAUCUAUUUCGACGAGGUUCUUAUUUUCAACCAUUCUCUUGGAGUUUGCGAAUGAAAAUUGCCCUCGGAGCUGCAAAAGGCCUUGCUUUUCUCCAUAGUACAGAACCUAAAGUCAUAUACCGUGACUUCAAAACUUCGAAUAUACUGCUCGAUUCUAACUAUGAUGCUAAACUUUCUGAUUUUGGGUUGGCAAGAGAUGGACCAACUGGUGAUAAAAGUCAUGUCUCAACUCGGGUCAUGGGAACCCGUGGAUAUGCGGCACCAGAGUAUCUAGCAACAGGCCAUCUUACUGCAAAGAGCGAUGUAUAUAGUUUUGGAGUAGUUCUUCUAGAAAUUAUAUCAGGAAGACGUGCCAUAGACAAGAACCUGCCAUCCGGAGAACACAACCUAGUCGAAUGGGCCAAGCCUUACCUAUCCAACAAACGCAGAGUUUUUCGCGUAAUGGAUCCACGACUCGAAGGUCAAUAUUCACAUAGCCGAGCUCAUGCUGCGGCCGCCCUUGCUUCACAAUGUCUAUCUGUGGAGCCCAGAAUAAGGCCAAAUAUGGACGAGGUUGUUAAAACAUUGGAGCAGCUUCAGGAACCAAAGGACAGUCAGAAGAAAGGUUCUGAUCACCGUGCACGCAAUUCCAACCUCGGCCUCAAUGCAUCCGGCAAAGGUAAUGCGGAUGCUACUAGAAAGGCUUCUGCUUAUCCUAGACCGUCUGCUUCUCUCCUUCAUGUUUGAGUUUUUUGUGACGCGGCAUAUGUAACGUGAACGCAAAAAAGUUUAGAGGUAUAGGUGGUUGUAAUGUGAACCGUAUUUAUGUAAGCAAUGUAUAGUUUCUGCUGUUUUUUGUAUGGUUGUAUUUUGAGGCACAUUAGAAAAUUCAGUUCUUGUGGUCCUUAAGUUGUUUAUUGCUGUUGAACCAUGUCUAUAUAAAACUGUAGCAUUGUCUAUGUGGAUGAUGUUCUACUUUUUGA